GGGGUCCCGAACAGACCCGGGAGAAGUGUGUGACUGGGCCAGAGGUAGGAGUUCGUGGCCAGGGCGCGGGUGGCAGGCGACGGUGGGCGUGGACAGGCACUUUCAGGACUGGCAUGAGUGGAAGGGGACGGGGGCCCCAGAGUUGGAGUUGGCGCAUCAUUUGAGAGUUGCCAGGUCACUGAUGACAUGGGUCGAUGAGUCAUGAGAUUUGGAGAUAGCGGACGCCUCUCCUGGCGAUCAGUUCUGAGUGAUGGAAAUACAAAGGGUUUGGUGAUGUGGCUUGGAGGCCCUGUCCUGGGGCACCAGGUGCCCGCCCUGGCGAGGGCCUUUGGGAGGCGUCCCAGAGCGCUGGAAUUCGGAGGCUUCAGCCUGGGGUGGGGUUAAGGCAGGUCUUUGUGGCGGUCAGUUCCCUGCCUUCCUUCCUUUCCAGACUGUCAGGAUUCAGCUGUGUUCCUGGGGGGAGUGGGUUAAAAAUUCCUUCGGCCUACAGUCAGCUUUCCAGUAUCCACCAGGGGCAGGAGGGACAUGCACAUGCGUGACUGCAGCAGCCUUCUCUGUCGCGAAGCCCGCAUGCUUCUUGGCCGUUGCCAUAGUAACGGCCUAUUGAUGGUGUAUUUAUAGGGGGAGAAGCCGGCUUCAAUUGGGGGGUGGGAAUGGAGGGAGAGGAGGCCCCAUGGCAGCAGCAGUGGGCAAUGCCCUGUGAGCUGUUUGGGGAGUUCCUGACUUGUUGGAAGCUUAAGAAUGAACUAAUGACUUUUGCAGGUGUCAGGAUAACACACGCAGGGCUGUGCUAUGUGUGGGUGCGCAUGCACGGAAGUCAGGCAAGUGAGACACUGGCUGAGGGAGCACGAUGGCAGUGUUUCUGGAGGCCAAGAAUGCGCAUUCGGUCCUGAAACGGUUUCCUCGCGCCAAUGAGUUCCUGGAGGAGCUGCGGCAGGGUACCAUCGAGCGCGAGUGCAUGGAGGAGAUCUGCAGCUACGAGGAGGUCAAGGAGGUGUUUGAGGACAAAGAGCAAACGAUGGAGUUCUGGAAGGGGUACCCGAAUGCUGUCUACUCAGUGCGAGACCCCGCGCAGAGCUCAGACGCCAUGUACAUGGCGGUGCCCCUUCUGGGGGUGGCGUUGCUGAUUGUCAUUGCCUUGUUCGUCAUCUGGAGGUGCCAGCUGCAGAAGGCCACACGCCAUCACCCCUCCUAUGCUCAGAACCGGUACCUGGCUAGUCGUGCUGGGCAUAGCCUCCCCCGUGUCAUGGUGUACCGGGGCACUGUGCACAGUCAGGGGGAGGCCUCUGGGCACCGGGAGGCAGGGAGCACCCCGCAGGUGGUGCUGGGGCCCAGUCGGGGGGGCAGAACAACGGUCCGGCUUGAGAGCACCCUCUACCUCCCUGAGCUCACUCUCUCCAGACUGUCCAGUGCCACCCCGCCCCCCUCUUACGAGGAGGUGACUGCCCCCCAGGAGAGUGGCAGUGAGGAAGUGAGCAUCUCUUACAGUGACCCGCCCCCAAAGUACGAGGAGAUAGUGGCUGCCAGCGCUGGCUCAGACAAGUAGCCUCCUUCACGUGUCUCCUAUUUUCUUGAAAAAAUAAUUUGAGACUGUGCCACCACACAAGAGCCUUAGCCUCCUGGUUGCCAAAUAAUUUCCUAAUUGUGGUUCCUUUGGAAGUCAGUUGUCAGAGACAGACAGGGUGGGGAGGGUGGGGCGUAGGGACUGGGCCUAGGCCAAGGUCCCUGGAGAGGAGCCAUGGUGCUUCCCGAAGCCCACCCUCUCCCCACCUUCCUGCUCACCCCACCCCACCCCACCCCUGCCAGGGACUGGCUUCUCUUAUGCCAAAGGAUCAGCCCCGUUGAGUGUGGCCAUGAGGCUGGCUGAAGGCCUGUGUGGUCUGGAGCCAUGGGUCCCAGAGGCUGAGGAGAGAAGCCAACCCUUCAACACCCCUUCUCCUCAACAGGGACUAAAGAUUGAGAAGGAAGAAAAGUAAUAAUAGAUCCAUAAAAGAUAAACCCGGUAAAACAAAACAAUAGAAACUAGGCCAUUCCUAGGCAGACAAGGAAAAGUGCACAGAUCUGUGCCAGCCUCUCGCCCCAAUACAUACCCACCUACUCCUAACCAGGUUGAAAGAACACCUAGAGCAUCCUGGAAGGAGGAUGGGAUAUGUGGAGGGCAAGGAAUUGGGCACUGGAUGGCAGAGCCACCUCCUCCGGAUAGUCCAAGGGGCCCAUACAUAUUUUGCUGUCCUGGAGUGUGGCUCUGGCUCCAGACCCUAGGACCAACUGUGCUAAAACUACUCCCCACUGGAUUGAACCCAGUCAUUGCCCCAGAGCCAUGGGGAGAACUCAGACUGUUGGCCGUGGCCUCUGAAUGGUUGGAUUUUAUCUCCAAUUGCUGGGUAAGAUUUGCCCCCCCCAAUCUUGCCGCUUGUCCCCACGACUGAGAGGACGAAUAUGUUAGCUAUCUGGCUAGGCUUAAGGGUAGAGUCUGGGGCAGAGAACUGAGGUUUUCUCCUUGUGAGGUUUAAUUGGUCCAUAAAGAGAUUAAAUCCAUGAGCAUGGCCUCCUCAGCACUGUUCUCUCUGGCUUUGACCUUUCCAUGCAUUGGUGUGUUGCAUUUGAACUUCAGAUUGCUGAUUUUCCUGUAAGGAUGGUGCCCACCUGGGGAGAAGAUCCUCAAGUGUCCCUGUUUUCUGAUUUCUUUGUGGGGUGGUGGGGGAAGCCCAUGACCCAUCCAGGGUUUCUCCACUCUUGCCGGGUGCUGGGCUGUUUUCAGUGACCCCUUUCCACGUCCCGGGAGCUGUCACUCUCUCCAUUUCUGGGAGGCCUGGGACAGCAGUGCAGCAGAGGUGACCUGCCCUUUAAGUGUCAAUGACACAGCGACCCUGUCGACACCGCCUCCCCACCCCCCAUCUCUACCCUCCUGGCCUCAGCACCAAACCAUUUCUCCUCUGUGGUGCUUUAAAAAAUGUAGCAAAUUCUUGUGGGGCCCAAAAGAGUGCAGAGCCCACCACAACAGUUUAAAGCACAGUGAGUGGACAAGCUUCCUUCUGUAGAGGGAGCUCUCCGAGGCUGGUGUUGGGACUUGUUCUUCAAAUGCAGCCCGAUCUCAAGGCCACCGAUGGCUUCAGGGGGCUCCUCCACUCCUGGGGACCUGCUUCUCCACCCUUCCCCCUACCUCACGGGCCGAUCGGAGGCUGACUGAGCGAAUGCCUACAAAGUGCUUGAAGUACCAGGGAGCCAGGAUGAUCCUUCUAGAAAGGUGUAGGUUAGAGGGGACGUCUUAGCUGAAGCCCUCAUAUGCCUCUGAGGGGCUUGGGGGUCCCAUGCUGAAAACGUUGAUCAACCUGGUGAGUUGAUCUACUGCCAGUGGACCCAGAGGUCCUGACAAGGGGUGACAUUCCAACUUCCCUUCCUUCCGGGAGCAUGUGAGAAGACACUGCCUCUGCUGUGCUGGCAGCAGGAGCCUGGGGUGCAGUCGAGUGGAGGUUGGCUGGGUCAUUGUGGUCUCUGGCUCAGGUGCUUGAUGGCUGUUGUUCUAAGUGGGAUUGAUGCCGCAGUCUUGGCGACAUUGGGAGAAAUUGCAAAUUGUAGAAAAAAGACUGUACAGUACCCAGCCAGCAUAACUCCUUGUGGUGCACAUUUGUGUUUUAAGAAUGCCCUGUACAUAUCUUUUAACUCUGUCUUUGUACGGACAUUGAUUUGAUAUGAUGUUAAUGCUUUAAGUAACCACAUUUUUGCUGUUAAGGGGCUUUUGUGUGUGUGUGUGUGUGUAUCCGUGUGCACACAUGCGUGUCGCCUGUUCUCACAUGCUUAUCAGAAAUGAUAGCCAAUGAGCGGCUCCAUUUCUGCCAGGAGGGAUCUGGCUUAAAGGCAGCAUCCUGGGCAAGGAAAGCUGAGGUUAGCUGUGGGAACCCCCCAGGCCACCGCCUCCUGCCCACCCUCACCGGGACCCUACGUUCCCACAUCCCUGCGGGCAGCAACAACUGAAGAAAAUCUGGGAUUUCCUUUUUUUUUCUUUUUUUUUGGUUGAAGGAUGUGUGACUAUCGACUGCAGAAAUGUUGUGGCUAGUUACUUAGAUAUUUUUCAUUUAAAAUAAAAGGCUUUCAAAAAUUCCUUGAAACAAAUAUAACUGCCGGUCCUUUUAAACCAAAAACUUGUCAAGACUUUUUUCAAUAAGAAUCGCCAUCACGUCCCUUGCCCUCCGCCCAUCGCCUCAGUUUUCAAAAUGAAAUCACAGGAGAAGGCGUUGGGAGCACACUCGCCCCACACUUGGGCUCCCACUGCCGUUCACGUGGAUUCCUUCCAGUGCUCUGGAAAACGGAACCCGGGAAUCUACCCGGUUUGUUGGACACUCCCUCAUGCUCCAGUCCGAGAUGGGAAGCUUGGCUGCUUUUCAGCGUGAGGAGCAUCGAGGCUCCAUUUCAGCCUUGUGAAAUGCCCGUUAAGGAACAAACACAUCCUCCCCACUGAACUCGAUCAGUAUAAUUAGCUAAUUGCAAAGGACCGUAAUCAGACUGCCUGCGACUGCUGUCGAACCAUGUGAAUUUGAAGCCCCAUAAUUCAAAACUCAGAGUAAAUCACCACACGAGAUGAUUCACAGUAUCUGCGAUUCUUGCCGAGUAAAAAUAUUCAAGGUAUUUUUCCCUUUCGCACAUUUUCAGGGUCUUAUGUGUAAGAGGAAUCCAGUUCAAACCAAGUACCUUUUUCAGACAAAAGGCUCACUUCACUGUGCCUUCAGCUUUGGGGCUCGGCGAUCUCGUGUGGAUUCUUUCCAUUGUGGGGGUGCUGGGUCUUCAUUUACCCUACGGAUCACAUGCUUUAUGAACUAGACUGCAUUCUAAAGUGAUACGACAACGUAUCUUCCUAAAUACUCUGUAAAGCAGAUGUUUCACUCUCAGACUGACCUUUCCCAUCACUAGCCUGCAAAGACAGACACGGAGAGGUUUUCCUUUCACAGGCUUGUGGGUGGUGAGUCUCUCUCUAGCAAGAAUUCCUCUGACAAACAUACCCAAACAGCACCCCCCCCUCCUUGGGCUCCGUGCCUCAACAGUUGUUUCCCUGUCUUGGUAUCUGACCGUGGAACAGUGCCUGCCCUUCUCCCACCCACCCCCGAGCCCAAGCAUUAGCGCAGAUAUUCAGGACCGGGGCAGAUCCCUAGCUGCUUUGCCCCCGGAUCUGUCUCCCGUUGCAGAUGCCCCUUUCCCAGGCCCCAAACUCACCUGCCCUUUCACUCUUGUUAUUGUGAAUUUGUGAUGUGGAAACCCUGAUGUGUGCCACCGAGCUUCUAGAAAUGAUUACUGUGAAAUGGAUUAAUUUUUGUACCACUUUAAACCGUGCUCGUAUUCGUGUGUUAGACCAUUGUCAGGUUGGGAAUCUGUACAUUUAAUACUAUGUCAGGAUUUCACUAGAGCCUGAGACAACAGACUUGCUUCUGCUUCCUCUCUUGCUUUAAAAUUGUUGAGUUUAGCUGUUAAAUUUUGUCUCUUUCUGUAGAAGAAAAUGAUUAAUAAUAAUAAAGA